UAAGAAAUUCUGGCCCAAACUUUAACUCAGCACCUGCUUUAACAUGCCAUCAGUGAGGCAGACUUAGUGUUAAUGAUGAAACAUGAUGCCAACGUCUACAGCCAUCAGCCCAAUAUUUACAUGUACCAGUGGGGUAACAUGUUCAUCUGUUUUUGUCAAGGGAAAAUACGGGCCUUAAGGAGACUGAGUUCAUCUUCCAAUUAGGCUACGAGACAAGGUUCGAAGCAAUGAAUGACCUGGAUGAUGACAUUUCAUCCGCUGAGGUCAUGCCGCUCUUCAUCGCUGAGGAGGAGGGGGAUCCAGACAGAGCCCCGGCUGAACAGAGUGAGGGCAACAAAAACCCACCCAGACUCACAGGGACGAAGCCGAACCAAUCGGCCUCAAUAAAGCCAUACCUCCAUGAAAUGGACGAGUUACUGAAGAGCUGUGAAGAGCUCACAGGUAUUCCCUUCAGCUCCCGCUACUCACCAGGUCACACUGAAACGAGGGAGUCCUGUCACGGUGAGGGCAGAGAGGAGGUUACAAUGCACAGUUUUGAAGCCCAAGCCUAUCUCUCCACCAAUUACCUUGACACAGAUAUUGACAGGGAUGGAACGAAAGAGAAAUCAGCACUGGCCCAAAGCUCGGGCUCCAUCCUCAACAGGGACAGUGUCACAACAAGAGCUCCUUCCCAGGCAGACAUGCCUCUCACCUCGGCUGGAAGCAAGCUGAGUGAAUCCAUGGUGGAGUACGAGAGCCAGCUGCUGGGGAUGUUGUCCAUGCUGGAGAACUGCAUGGAAGAGGCUGGGAUGGACUUUGAACCCAAGGGAUGGGGAGCAGAUGGAGGCCAAGAAUAUGUGCACAUCAGUAAGAAUCCUCAGCAUUACAGGGGUACAACACUGGUGCCCAUAAAGCAAGAAAAGCCAGGAGAGCAGGAGACCCAUCCCAUGGAGGUUGAAUACUGUGUGGCCGGGGAUAAAGCUUCGAAAGGCAGCAUGAGCAGAGUGACAGAAGGUUUGGCAGCAAAUGGAAAUCAACACAACCCCAGGUGUGAGAAGAUGGGCGGUAUCUCAGCAGAGAGUGAUUUCAAAUCAGAUCAGAGCAUCAGUUAUAAAAAGUUUAAGUUCUCCGGGCUACAGAUGCUUGUGGAUAAUACGGAACAAGAUCCAAUAUACUGCGAAGGAACCAAGACAGAACACAUGUUUUAUAAAGGCACAGAAACAAUGGGAGAUGUAACUGAUAGUGAUGUAGAGGAUGCUGAGCAACCAACUGAGGAGAAAGAUCAAUUCAAGCUGGGAAACAUAGAUCAAGGAUCUAAUACGGACUCGUUCAGGGCUUUGGGUUCUCAGAUGGAGACGUACAUAGAGGAGGUGCGGCAGUUACAGAAAAGGAGAAAAGAGCUGCUGACGGAUGUGCUGCAGCUGAGGGGACACAAAGCAAAGGAUGAGGCAGGAGGCAGAAGCGAGGAGGAAGAAGAGACGGAAGAGUGGGUUGACUGCAAAGUUGUGGAGCUGUUUCAGGUUCUCAAGAGGGAAGAGGAGGCAAGACGGGAGGAGAGGAGAUGUGAGAUCCAUAACCUCAGAGAGAGAAGGGCAGAGGAGGAGAGGAAACUGUGGAGCGUGAACCUGGAGGCCCAGGGACUGCAGGAGGAACUGAGGAAGCUGAAGAUGAGGCUCUUCGCAAUGGUUAGGGACUGCGCUCACAAUCAGGCCGUCCUGACGAACCAGCAUCGAGAGGUGGAAUCACGGAAAAGGGAAGAAGAAAGGUUGAGCUCCCUCUUGCUGCAGCUGACAGAAGAGGGCCGGCAGCUCAAGUCAGCCCAACAGCAGCAACUUUCAGACAUGAGAGCGAAACUUCACGCCCAGAGGUCCAGUCAGACCUCCAACACUCAGGACGAGCUGACCGAGUGCAGGAGGCAUUCCUGUGGGGACAUCCAGCAGUACCUGCAGGGUGGCCUGAAGGCACUGGAGGAAAGGUAUGAGCCCAUUUUGCUGGCAUUGCUGAAGAGGAGAGAGGCAGCGGCCGGUGCGCUGGUGAAGGCCAAAGAACAGGCCCGGGAGCUGAGGGCCAAGCUUGGACCUCUGAGGGGCGAGAUCCAGGAGCUGAAACUGCAGCGGGCCUGUUUGGAGGAGAAGCUUAAGCUCAAGCACAUACAGAGGAUGGAGGGCGUGGGGCACUACAAGGAGAGCGUUUAUUGUCUGGAGGAAAGAAGCAGAGAUAUGAAAACUGAGCUGGAGAUUCAGAAGAGAAAAAACAAAGAAAUGGAGGAGCUGAGAGACAGGUUGACCACGCUAGUCCUACUUCACAGGUAACUCAUCUGAUAAAUACCUGGGUUUUUUUUAAGCUUCUAAGAAUAUGGUUAACGUGAUGUUUUCAUUACUUUCAGACCUGCCAUUUUGGACGACAAGCUUGACAAAGAAGACACAACAUAAUAUAUUUUAACCAACUGAUAAAGAUUGUCAUUUAAUCUUUUUCUUUUUUACUGCAACAGAAAGAGCUCCAAUAAAAGCACUUUAAAUAUAAACCUGCAUAGGAAAGAGAAAUGUCUGUAAAGAUGAAGUAGACUUCAACUGGUAGAAAAGCAAUUUGUUAUGAAUAAAGGCCUGGUGUUGCUUUUAAA